AUGCCGGAAAACAAGCGUCAACGAACUCUAGUGGAUUUUAAGAUCCCCAAGACACAUGUACUUCCCGGGAACCAGCCGAAAAGACAUAAAGCUGAGCCAUUGUACAUCGAUUUAGAGUGCGAUGAGAUAGAAACAGAAACAGUUUUAGAGCAAAAUUCAAGUUCAUGUGGCCCCAAACUGUUUGUUUCUGAAGAGGAAUUUGAGUAUACUGAAAAGUUGGAAAUUCUGGCAAAUCGUCAUGAUUUUGGUGGUCCCGCAGAGCUUCGAAAGGAAGAAAAAGAAGAUGAGGAGGUGACAGUGUCACACACAGCAGAAGUUGCCGAGUCUGACACUCCCAACACGCCCAAAUUGCAUAGAUCCAAGAUUUCUGCGGCUACUAAACAGUUCCCCGUCAAAUUGCAAUACAAGCCAGAAAAGAAACCACGAAUAUUGUCCCGACCUUCAAAAAUCGACAUGGAACCCGCAGGGUCCGAGAUGAGAGUGUUGCCUUCAGUUUCAGAAGUGGGGCCCGAGCAACAACUGUUGUGUCCCGUUUGCGGUAUUGUUCUAACACUACUGAAAAUUCACGAACGAGAAAUCCAUUGCGAUACAUGUGUUACCGUCAAACGACCAUUAACUUCAAAACGGACCGGCAGGCCUGCUCCCAAACUCUCGAAAGUCAAAAAACUCUUUUUCAAAAACCACACUAUAGUGGUUGACGGCUUCAAUUUCGAUUCCGAUCCUGCCAUCAACCAGUAUUUUCUGUCACAUUUCCAUGCCGAUCAUUACAUGGGCAUCAAAAAAUCAUGGGCUCAGGGCAGUAUCUAUUGCUCCAAGGUUACCGCUGACCUUUUGUCCUACAAAUUUAAAGUUCCACACGAAAGAAUGGUAGCUUUGCCCGAAAACGUCACCGUGCAGGUGACAGAAAACCUAUCUGUGAUCUGUUUUGACGCCAACCAUUGCCCUGGGUCGUUUGUAUUUUUGUUUCGUGAAUCCGACGACCAGGAUAAGACCAUUCAGUGGGUACUGCAUACGGGUGACUUCAGAAGCAACAAUGAUCUGAUUUCGCGCAUUAAUUCUCAUACCAACAACGCUCGAAUCGACAAAGUGUACUUAGACACAACUUACAUGUACCCGUCCUACCACUUUCCCCUGCAACAUUUGUUGCUAGACGCCACAAGUGAUUUCACUCGCAAGCUGAAAAACGAAGGUUUCCAAAAGCUCUUUGGUGAUCGCCAGAGCUCCAUCAUGAGCUUUCUGUCCAGGUCGCUUCGCUUAAGUCACCUGUACAAGUUUGUGUUUCUGGUUGGAACCUACACUAUCGGCAAAGAGAAGCUGGCGGUUGCCAUCGCUCAAAAAUUAGGAACCAAGAUCUUUCUACCCAAGGACACCUCCAAACAUCGCAUUUUCCAAACUUACCAACAUCAUUUCCCUGAGGACAUUAUCACUCAUGAUAUCACCAAAUCCUGCGUCCACUUGGUAUCGAUAAGAACGCUAGCAUCAAAAGAAAGUCUUCAGUCUUACUACAAACCAAUCGCUCAUAUCUACGAGAACAUGGUGUGUUUCCAUCCCACCGGCUGGUCCUUUAAGAAUGGUGGCAGAUUUAUAAAACUUCAUGAGUCUGCGGACCAGAAAAAAACUCACACUUUGGAAUUGCUGGACAAUACUGAAGUGGAUCGAUUAGAUGUUUCCACCUUGUAUUCGCAGUAUGAUGGUCGAGCCAAAUUUCAAGUUUUUCGAGUUCCGUACUCUGAGCAUAGCAGCUUCAAGGAUCUGGCCAACUUUUGCGUAAAGCUUCCUUGGGCUCAAAUGAUUCCCACCGUAAACACCCACGACGCUUACAUGGUGGAGCAAAUGCAGCAGUGGUUUAGUGUUUGGAAGAGUAUACAAGAUGGAGGGAAAACGUUGAGCGGCGAGUAA